CCAGUGGCAAGUCAACAUGAUCAGUCGCUUCUAGGAUCACGCUAGUCGCAAGUCAGACGCCUACAUAUAUCUCCCGCCAGUGACCCGAAUCACAGCUUCCAGGUCGACCGUCCCGUCCAGGGUUUGCGGCAACGGCUGCCUGCGUCGCUUCAGCGCAGGCAGCCUUGCCGAGCCUUUUGACCAAAACCACACAGUCAAACUGCGGUAUUCUACCUUGGUCUUCAUCCUCGGAUCAUUGUUAAACGUCCUCCUCUGCAAGCACACGCCAUGGCCUUCAAAAGCGAGGACGGCAUCAUGGUCGCCCCGAUACACACCAUCGACCUCUCCCUCGAGCCAGAAGACCGCUACAAAGCCCUGGCGCAAGCUUACAAGAGCGAGCUUCGAGGCCUUACUGCUUUAUUCAACAGCCUACUGACCGACAUUGGUCUCUCCAGGAUCUUCCAUGGCCCGGUCAGUCUGCUCGCUCGAUUACUCCUCCGAGGCCUGAGCUCCCCUCUAGAGACUGCCGAGCUGAAUGGCAUAGCCAAGGUGACCGGGCUCCCGAUCCAUCUGCUUGUCAGCUUCAAUGUGAUCUUGGACUGCCUCAUGGGAUGCACCUCGGGCGCCGUCAAAGUGCUGGAAGCGGGACGGCCCACAGGACAAGCCCGCAUGCUCCAUUUUCGCACUUUAGACUGGGCAAUGGACCCUCUCCGGUCGAUCAUCGUCCAACUGGAAUUUGUUCGAAGCAGAUCGGCCACACCUGGACGGAUUAUCGCUCGAAGCGUCACAUAUGUGGGUUUUACUGGGAUCUUGACGGGUGUCCGUGAAGAUCUGAGUCUGUCUCUCAAUUUCCGAGGUAUACACAAUGCUGCGCGUAGACGCGACCAUGCGAGGUUCUACCUUCAUCAUCUGCUCGUUCUCCUGGGAUACCGCCAGUCGAUAUCAAGCAUCCUGCGUGGAUAUAUAACACCCGAGGAUCCAGAAGACGAUCAGUGCAAGAGUCUGGAAGAAAUCUCGGACGAGCUCGUCCCACGUCACACUACUGCGGCUUACCUGCUCCUUUGUGACGGCGUGUCGGCGAUGGUCAUUGAAAAGGAUUAUGAGACCGGCGUGAUCCGACAGUCCGAUACCUUCAUCGGUGUUACCAACAAUGAUGAAGAAGAGUUUGGGCUAUCGAACGAAGCAACGCCUUUUGCGGCUCAUGUCUCGGCCAAGUCUGGUGUAAAAACGGGAAUGGAAGCAAUUAUUGAAGAAAGUAGGGAUAGACUGGACGCAAUCUCCUUGAGAUGGAGAGCUUGUCUGCGAAAAGCGAAAAGAAAAUCCAAGAAAGAAGGGAAGGACCCCAGCCAAGCAGAACGAAAUCUGGCGAUCACAACAGAUGAGGUGAUUGAAUGGGUUUCAGCAUACCCGACCACCAACGAACAGACUCAUUUUGCGACCGUCCUGGAUCCUGUCAACGGACAGGUAGUCUGGACACGCCUUUAUCCCGCACCGGCUGAGUGAGGACCUGAAUAUUCAGAUCCUUUCCCAGACAACCCGUCGGCGACAUAGUACAAUGCGCUGCUGAGGGAAGGAUUUUGUCUUCGACUGAGACCUCGGACUCGGCGUCGAGGAUCGGAGACAACAUUAUCAUGAGCGUUUGCGGGGCUG